UGUUAGAUUUCAAGAAUUUCAAGAAGACGUCAUAUUAGAUAACAAUGGCGCUCAAGACACCUUCCGCCAGCAUUCUAACUCCUGCCUCUUCAACCCUUGAACUGGGAGUACAAACCAAGACGGCAUCGCGAUGGUGAUGUGAAGAGCACUGUAGAUCCGGCUACGGGCGUAAAGUCAUAUACGCUGUAUGCACAACCUCGCAAGGUACAUAAAUAUACCGGUCAGCCGAUAUAUUUUGGCGUGAGUUUCUUUGAGCCCUAUCCACAGUUCUUCGAGGCAAUCCACCAGCAGCUAACCAACACCGGUGCCUCGGCUCUCGGAGACAGCAAGGAGGAGUGCGCUGUUUUAGUGCCUAACUCCGACCUCCCGGACGGCGUGGGCAUUGUACAUGACGGCAAGCUCAGCCUUCCGCUGGUGGGAGACGCCAGUAUCGAAUGUGGAGAGCACUACACGCUCGUCGCGACCCGGAGCAUGCCAGCAGCUGACUUUGAAGCCAUCUUCGCGGAGCUGAUUGCGAACAGCAGCAUACCCUGCGAAAUGAAGGCAGGAGCAGCGCCAGUGGACCUCCAGCUGGACAGGGACCGUAACCCGGCGGACAAGCUCACCUGCGCCGCAAUGAUGGCCCUGGACGCCCUCAGCAGGGAGGCGACUGACCCCAACGUACAGUGGUUUGCAACGCUGUACGCCCUUCACCUGCGGGCGACGGAUAUGGACUUCGAGGACUUGCUUGGAUUCGGGCCUCUUGCUAGCAUGGCCGCGGCUGCCCUGGAGGCAUGGACUGUGGAAGACGGCUUCCUCAUGGCGAGCGCAUGCGAGGCUCAGGACCGCUUGGCCGAAGUACUGGAGUGGAAGCUCACCCGGCCAGCGUACCAGCCGCCCUGGGUCCACCCCUUCCAGUUCCUUUCCGAUGAGUACUCGGAUGAGCUGUUUGAUGAAGAGGUCAAGGUGUGCGCACUGGCUUUUGUGGGCGAUGAGGAUCUCAAGGAGAAGGUGAAGAAGGCAGCAAAGGACCUGUUCGAGUUGCUGGCCUCAGACCCGCACCGGGUCAUGAUCAAGAGCACGCUGCAGCACCGCGGAGUGACGUUCCGGAUAGAGUGCGCCAAAGGAAAGGGUGCGCCUCCCCCCGCAGACGCCUACCACAAGACCUAGUGCGGCAACAGUACGGUGAUGAUGCGAGCCGCGAUGAGAUAGUUUAGGCGGUUGAGUUGUAUUAAGAAAGUUUAGGCGCUUCUGCUCGUCGCUAAUGUACUGCGAUGCAAAGGUUUUCGCGGACUCGCUGUAGGUCAGCGGCGCUAUGAGGCCCACCACCAGGUGUAACACGACGGGCAGCAGGAUGACGAGCAGCUGGUGUGGCUAGUCGCAAGGCGUUCGCAGUCUUGUGGAAAGUAUUUUCGUUUAGGAAAUAAAUUAUACUGUAGUAAGCGCCACGUAACUGAGCAUAAGUCCAGUCCACAUUUAUUUAAACUUACUUGGACCCUAGCAUACUAUGACGUCCAAGCUACCCAAAUGUUCUCCUGAAGAUACGUUGGUUUACGUUGCAAUCAUAUUCAUGCAAAAUCUGUAGAUUUUGAAGUCACGCGUUUAAUAUUUCGCC